CUGGACUAAAAUUGAAUCCAGAAAAGUAUUUCUUCUUUGAACAGGAAUUACCAUUCUUUGGACAUGUAAUUAGCGAAGAGGGUAUUCAAAUAGAUCUAAAUAAAAUAGCUGUUAUGAGAAACUUUUCAGUAUCAAAAGACUUAACACAACUUAGAGGAUUCAUUGCUUUAACAUCAUAUUACAAAAGAUUCAUAAAAGGCUUUGCUAAUAUUGUUGAACCUUUAAAUAGAUUAUUUAAAAAGAAUACACCUUUCAUUUGGACACAAGACCAACAAAAUGCUUUUGAAUGA